AUGAAUCAUUUUCUGGAUACUGCUGCGUUGUAGUCGUUACUCAUCAAGGCAUUUUCAAGUUGGGAGAUAAAUAUCUGAUAAGUUUCUUUGUGACAGGAAAUUGAAACAUGCGAUAAAAUAUUACACCAACAACCUGACGUUCAUUGGUGAGACAGUUCAUGAAUGAGAUAAAUUAUGUUAAGACGAUCAGAAAUUGAAAUUUUAUUGUUUCAUCUGCUACUGCCAACAAUAUAAAAAAUGAGAAUCAAGUUUGCUCCUCUUCACAUACCUUUGGAGCGGCGUCUUCAAACUGUAGCUAUAAUUGCUUACGUCCUAGUGUUGUGUCUUGGUGCUAGCUUUUCAAUACUGUUCUCAGUUUAUUCACUUUUAUACACCACGUACUUACGUUGGGUGUAUUUGGGAUACCUCUCUUGGAUAUUGUUUGAUUUGAAUAGUUGUGAGAGAGGGGGUAGACCGGUAGGAUGGGUAAAAAACUGGACAUGGUGGAAAUACAUAGCUGCUUACUUUCCCAUACAUUUGGUGAAGCUACCUUGGGGAGAAUUGGAUCCAAAACGGAAUUAUCUGCUGUGUUGUUUCCCUCAUGGGAUGAUGGCAACAGGAGCAUUCAUUUCGAUAGUUACAGAAGCCAACGACUUUUCCAAAAAGUUCCCUAACCAUAAAAUUUAUAUGCACACUUUGAGGUCUAAUUUCUUCUUUCCUCUAUUGAGAGAAUUGAUACUGAGCUUAGGAGUAGUGUCGGCCUCAGCACAGUCUCUGGACUAUCUUCUUGGACAACCGGACGGUGGAAAUUUAACUGCCCUCAUAAUUGGUGGCGCACAAGAAGCUUCUUUUACGAAACCACAUCAAUAUAAAUUGUUCCUCAGGAACCGCAAAGGUUUCGUUAAGCUGUCGCUAAGAAAUGGAUCACCGUUAGUUCCUGUUAUGUCCUUUGGUGAAACUGAUAUUAUGUCACAAGUUCAAUUUGAAGAUGGUUCCUUAUUUAAGAAACUCCAGUUCACGGUGAAGAAGUAUUUUGGAUUUGUUCCGAUAAUACCGGUUGGAAGGGGAAUAUUCCAGUAUACCUUUGGUAUUCUACCUAGGAGGAAAGAAAUAUCUGUUGUAGUUGGACAACCAAUUGAGGUGAAAAAAACCGAGAACCCAACUCAAGAGGAUAUUGAUAAACUACAUCAGGAAUUCAUCACGAAGCUUACUGAACUUUUUGAAACACAAAAAAAAAAUUAUUUGAAAAAUCAUGAAAAUGUUCAUUUGGAAAUAGUUUGAUGGUCCUCAGCGAUUUUCAAGUAACUUUUGUGUAAGGAAUUAUCUAUUAUGAGAUAACUCUAUCGAGAGGUACCUAAUUAUUGAAGAUACUUUCAAUUGAUGAUGAAAUUAGAGUUUUGAUAAUACCUUUGGAUUUAUUGAUUGAUCUGAAAGGAAAUAUAUGUAUAUACGAAAGGUUAUCUGUGAUUAAUAAAAUUUUGGAAGUAUAGUAUUAAAGGAG